GGACUCCCGGCCACGCCGUUCUGACAGUUUGAGCGUACUUUUGGUCUGUGUUGGCAAAGCGGAAAAAUGUCGGAGACCGCGCCAGCCGCUCCUGCUGCUCCCGCACCUGCAGAGAAAACACCUGUUAAGAAGAAGGCGAAGAAAACGGGUGUUGCUGCUGCCAAGCGCAAGGCGUCCGGCCCCCCGGUGUCCGAGCUCAUCACCAAGGCCGUCGCCGCGUCCAAGGAGCGCAGCGGCGUGUCCCUGGCGGCGCUCAAGAAGGCGCUGGCGGCCGCCGGCUACGACGUGGAGAAGAACAACAGCCGCAUCAAGCUGGGCCUCAAGAGCCUGGUGAGCAAGGGCACCCUGGUGCAGACCAAGGGCACCGGCGCCUCGGGCUCCUUCAAGCUCAACAAGAAGGCGGCCUCCGGCGAGGCCAAGCCCAAGGCCAAGAAGGCGGGUGCGGCUAAGCCCAAGAAGGCGGCCGGGGCGGCCAAGAAGCCCAAGAAGGCCGCGGGGGCCAGCGCCCCCAAAAAGAGCGCCAAGAAGACCCCCAAGAAGGCCAAGAAGCCCGCGGCGGCGGCUGUCGCCAAGAAAGUGGCCAAGAGUCCGAAGAAGGCCAAGGCGGCCAAGCCCAAGAAGGCGGCCAAGAGCCCAGCCAAGGCCAAAGCCCCGAAGCCCAAGGCGGCCAAGCCUAAAACAGCCAAGCCCAAGGCGACAAAGGGAAAGAAGGCGGCGCCUAAGAAGAAGUAAAAAUUGUAGCGGGAUGUCCUGCUUUGGAAAUCUCAAAGGCUCUUUUCAGAGCCACCCACUUCUGUCAGUCAAAAGAGCUUAGUAACUCACUAGUAAGUAAGUUUACUUUGCAAAUUCACCUGUCCUGUUGUCGCUCUCUGCAUGUAGCACGUUUGCACGUUCCCAGUCCCUCGAGGUUUUUCAAAAUUUACCGCCUGCGUCUCAUUGGCUUUCACUUAAAGCGACGGGUCCUUUUUUAGCGCGCACCGGACGCUUGGCCGGAAAUAGCUAGAUUCUAGCCAUUUUGGGUCACAGUUUUAGCAGCAAUUUGGUGGCUCUUAAAAGAGCCUUUGGGAAGAAAUAACUGUUAAAAGACUUCACUUGCUCUUGGCCUUGUGGUGGCUCUCGGUCUUCUUGGGCAGCAGCACGGCCUGGAUGUUGGGCAGCACGCCGCCCUGCGCGAUGGUGACGCGGUCCAGCAGCUUGUUGAGCCUCGUCGUUGCGGAUGGCCAGCUGCAGGUGGCGCGGGAUGAUGCGCGUCUUCUUGUUGUCGCGCGCCGCGUUGCCCGCCAGCUCCAGGAUCUCGGCCGUCAGGUACUCGAGCACGGCCGCCAGGUACACCGGCGCGCCGGCCCCGACCCGCUCCGAGUAGUUGCCCUUGCGCAGCAGGCGGUGCACGCGGCCCACCGGGAACUGCAGACCCGCCCGCGACGAGCGCGUCUUGGCCUUGGCGCGCGCCUUGUCGCCCUGCUUCCCGCGUCCGGAUAUUUUAGAGAAGAAAUUUAAUCCUCGAGGUAGUCUGAGGAAGGGGUUACUGAAGUCUGGUGUUCGGUAAGAUUUCCUUUCCCAUUGGUUUACAGCGGCUGUUGAGAGUUAGCCAAUCAAAGGUACUCUUGGCUUACGUGUGCUCUAGAGAAAGAUAAUACUUCACCAAUUAGAGGUUGAGAUAUUAGAAGGUGUGUAUUGUGAAGCAAUAGAGAAUCUUGAAUUCUUUUCCGUGAUCACAUGGAGUCCUCCUUUGGGGGACUCUUCACGGUAUUCAUCGCUAAAGCUGCAUGAUUUUUUCCAACCCUGAUUCUAAGGAAUAGAAAACAAGAUAAACGUCACCUCUGAUGGCUUAUAAUUUAUCCUCCCUGCCAGAUCCCUUCUCCUAGAUUGUUGAGAGGUUCCAGGGGGCCGUGGUUAGCUGUGGAAUAUUUCUGCCGAAUAUGCAAGGAAUAGGAAAAGAGAAACGAUAAAAGAAAAAUUUCUCUUUUGUCUCCGUGUUUGGCUAGAAAGUUCCAGGAGUUGAGUUGAUCAGGGCAAAAUAAAUGAGUCCUAGGUGGGUUCAUCUGGAUGUUUUGUUCCCCGGGCUGAGGUCUUUUUUUUUUUUAUUUCUUAUUUCAGGGAGGCCCACUUAAUUUUACUGGAAAAUCUUGGCAAAAAUUUGAGUCCUUCAGAUCAUUAUGGGUCUACAAACCUGGACGGGGAAACAUUUUGUUUUUAUUUUCAUGUAGUAUAAAUGUUGUUUAGCAUUUCCUUCAAUUGUGUGUGUAGGCUGCUAAUCACAAUGGAUUUUGCAAGUGCCUGUGGCUUUUUCAGAGGUUUUGAAAAACCUCGGGGGACUGGGAACGUGCAGCCAUGUUACAUGCAAGUGGCAAGCACAGAUGCUUUCUCAUCACUUAAGUAUUGCAGAUGUGUUGAAAUAAAGUUUGCACUUUUUCCGAA